AUGACGGGCAUGCGCUACUUGAACGAGAUGCAGCCGCCACGCUUCUUUAAAACGCACUUUCAGUACCAACAGCAGCUCAAGAACCCAAAGGCCAAGUUCGUCUACCUGACCCGCAAUCCGCUGGAUGUCUGCGUCUCGUUCUACCACUACGUGCGGAAGGCUUCAGUAUACCACUUCGCCGAUGGCACCUUCGACGACUUCGUCCAUGCUUUCGUCGCCGCAGAAGUGGAGCGUGGGGACUACUGCGACCACCUUCUGUCCUGGUACGCACAUCGGCACGAAGAAAACGUCUUCUUUCUCACUUUCGAACAGCUGAAGAACGACUUCAAAAACACCGUCUUGUCCCUGGCGGGCUUCAUGGGAGAGAAGUACAGACGCAUGCUGUUGGAAGACGAGGACGUGUACCGGAAUGUUGUUGAGAAGAGCAGCGUGCCGUACAUGUCCAAAAUGUGCUACGUUGAUCAGUCAGUCAUAGACAAGUUGACGGAGAAGGAUCAGCCUUACAUAGAAGCGGUUCAUCGCUACAUGUUGGCCACUCCCGGGAAGAUAACGGGCUCGAACAUCGUACGAAAAGGCGCAGUAGGAGACUGGAAGUCGCACUUCACGCAGGAACACCUAGAACUGAUGCGGGAGUGGAUUGCGAAACGAAACGCCGCCGCUGUGAUCCGAGAUCUUUGGGCUGACAUGGACCUCGGUGGAAUUGCCUGA